AUGGUCCGUGUGUUACCCUAUCUCGCCCUGGCGGGUGGCGCAGCGGCCGGUGCUGUAUAUUUUAGCUUUUUGGAGCACAAGCACUACUAUCCUGCUAUGGUGGCGCUGUACAACUCAAACUUGAGCAUGCUGACCAUCUAUGCCUUCAUGGUCCUGCUUGUCCUUGCGGUUGUGCGAGCUUUCCAGUACAUGUUCUUUGGAGCACUGCGCCCCAUCGAAGUGGAGCGGCUGUAUGAGCGCGGCUGGUUUACCUUCACGGAGAUUCUACUCGCCAUGACCAUCUUCCGAGAUGAAUUCAACAUUCGCUUCGUCUCGCUCUUUGUCCUCCUCCUCACCUUCAAGACGUUUCACUGGCUGACGCAGUAUCGUGUGGAAUUUAUGCAACAAACCCCGCGCUUGACUUGGAUGUUCCACACUCGCAUGAUCAGCGUCACGAUCUUUUUGACGGCCGCUGACGCGGCCUUUGUCUACUACGCCUUUUACUCGGUCGUCAACUACGGCCUCUCCAUGCAGUUGCUCUUUGGCUUUGAAUACCUGAUCCAACUUGUCACAAUCUUGACGACCUUUUGCAAGUACAUCCUCUUUGUGAUCGACCUACAGCACGACGAGCCCUGGGAGGCACGGCCCAUCUACAUGGCCUACCUCGACCUUCUCACGGAUCUGGUCAAGCUAAUCACCUAUGUCUUGUUUUUCAUCAUGCUGGUCAACUUUUACGCAUUGCCCUUGCAUAUUAUCCGUGAUGUUUUCAUGACCUUCCGAUCUUUCUUGAAGCGUUGCCACGAUCUCAUUCGAGCGCGACGGGCUACCGCCAACCUCGAAGCUCGCUACCCCAAUGCGACGCCGGAAGAAUUGGCGAGUGAUAACCUUUGCACAAUCUGCCGCGAAGAUAUGGACGUUGGUAAAAAGCUACCUUGUGGCCACAUCUUUCAUCUCAAUUGCCUGCGCUCUUGGUUGCAACAAAACCAGUCCUGCCCGACUUGUCGGGCCGACAUCUUGGCUUUAGACGCUGCACAACAGCAGCAACAAGCUGCUGCUGCCCGUCGCAAUCCCCCAGCCGCGCCUGUCAAUAAUAACAAUGCCAAUCGUGAAUAUCCCCCGGGCCCACCGCACGCCCCAGCCCAGGCGCCUGCAACGGGUGCCCCGCCCAUGCCCCAGCCGGGCGCCCCUGGCCCGGCCUUUCCCCACCCACCUCCCUUUGUUUUCCCCCCACCCAUGACCCCCUCAUCUGCCCCAGGGCAAGAUGCUGCCGAGGGGCCGGCAUCGGGGCAUGCUCCGCCAGAUUGGUUGCAUGGCAUGCCGCCGCCACCCCCGUUUGGCAUGCCGUUGCCAUUUAUGGCACCACCAAUGCCACUGCCGCCGGGUUUUGUGCCAUUUCACUUUCAACAUCCGUCGACCUCAGAAGCAGAAGAGGAGGAAGAUCAUCUUGCCACUCUUUCCGAGGAUGAUCUGCGGGCACUUGAAGGUGCUGAGCGAGAACAGGUGGAGCUCCGCAUCAAGUAUUUGCGUCGCCUGCGCCGGGACGUGGAUAGGCUCGUGGCUCGCUUCUCACAGAUAGAGGGUGUUUUUCCACCGACGCCGCAAUACGUGCCUGCCUCGAGUAUGACCCGACCUGAAGCCAUGUCUCCAGACAUGAAUGCCCGUGUGAACGACGAUGCAGCAGACGAUACAGCUGCUGUGGCUACCGAGGAGACCGAGCCAGCCUCUGCACCAGCGCCAGCGUCCAGCGCCUCAUUGCAAGCCUCAUCGGUGCUCAGCGCGCAAAGUGCGCCCUCUCUGCCUGACGCCGACAGUGAGCCAAGCACCCCCAUGACACCCCCAGCCGACGAACUGCGAGAGAUUCGACAGCGUCGGAUUCGCAUGCUGUCCGGCAAUCGCCGUCCUCAGGAUGACGGUGUUGAUGAAUAA